AACAACUUCAUGUGAGUUCGACUAACGAUAACGAUACAAGUCAGCAAGUGAUCUGAAGCAAACUGCAUCCGUGGACAGUUAAAGGGGUGUGCGCCCCGGUUACUUAGAUACAAUUGUGAUUCUUAUAUUUGACAAUAAACUUUAAUUUAUACUAUAUGAAUUGGAAAUAAUACGUGAUCGAUAUGGGUGAGUUGUGUGAUAAUUCAUGAAGGAGGAUUACUCAGUUAUUUUCGUAAUUUACUCGGCAGCCGGGAAAUGCGAAUUUUAAUUUUAGGCUUGGACGGAGCCGGAAAAACUACAAUCUUGUACAGAUUGCAGGUUGGUGAAGUGGUUACAACAAUACCUACUAUAGGAUUUAAUGUAGAACAGGUCACAUAUAAAAAUUUAAAAUUUCAAGUAUGGGAUCUAGGAGGUCAAACUAGUAUAAGACCAUAUUGGAGGUGUUAUUAUUCAAAUACAGAUGCAAUAAUUUAUGUUGUGGAUUCGGCAGAUAAAGAUAGGAUAGGCAUAUCAAAAGAUGAAUUAAUUUAUAUGUUAAGAGAAGAAGAAUUGCAAGGUGCCAUUUUAGUGGUCUUGGCAAAUAAACAAGAUAUGGCAGGAUGUUUAAGUGUAGCAGAAGUUCAUCAGGCUCUUGGAUUAGAUGCUCUUAAAAAUAGAACGUUCCAAAUCUUCAAAACAUCUGCAACAAAAGGUGAAGGUCUUGAUCAAGCAAUGGACUGGUUAUCAAAUGCACUACAAAGUAGAAAAUGAUUAAUAUUAUUAAGAAAUUUUUUUACCUAAGCCUUAUUAAAAAGACUAGUCAUAUGACUAGUCAAAUUGAACAAGCCACGCAAAGCUGGACACUUUAUUCCGUUUAUUUAUUAUAAUUAUAUUUUAAAUAGUCUUAUUUAAUCGAAUUUCAUCGAAAAACGAUAUUUAUAAUUUUCAUAAUGUGAAGCAGGGAAUAAAAAUAAAAACAAAAAUUUUAUCUUUCUAUAGAAGUUUAAAUGAAAUAAACAAAAAUUUAUUCAAUUUAAAUAUUUUUUUCAUGUCAUUUUAUAUCAUUGCUGUAUUCUUUCUAUGUAAUUUUUAUUAUUUCUUAAUAUUACAGCAUCUUCAGAUUUUUAUUAUCAUAUAAACAAUAUAAACUUCAUCGAUCCUUUUAUUAAAUUUUUUAAAAAAUUAUAAAUUUAAUAUUAUAUUGGCAAACAAUAAGUGUAAAAAAAAAGUGUAAUGUAUAUUAAUAUAAAUAUAUUACUUUUUAUUAUUAAUCAAAGAGAUUAUUUAUAAAUAUUGCAGUAAAAUUGGAAAUCGUUUGAAGUGUCAACAUUUUGACAUACUGUGUGAAUAGUUAUGUAAAUAUAUGUAAUUGGUUUAAUUUCAUUCAUAUAAUGUUAAGGUACAUAUGUAAAAUGUUCUUUUUUAUACAAAA